AUGAUGCAGAUGCAGCAUCAGGCACCCCCUCCCGUGGCACCGCCUCAGAAUGUCCAGCCAAACCACUUCAACCCUUCGCACCAGAUCGCGGCUAUGAAUGAGGCUGUCUGGUUGCAGAUCGGAAGCUUUUCUGAGCUGUUGCGCGUUCCUGACGAGGCCAUGCACGCCUAUGAACGAGCUCUGCAGGCCAAUCCAAACUCUACCGCCGCAAUGAACGCGAUUGGCAUGCUCCUCAAGGGUCGCGAGGCCUUUGACAAAGCUCUCGAAUUCUUCCGAGCCAUUGUCCAGCUCGACCAGAACAAUGGCGAAGCAUGGGGAAAUCUCGGCCACUGCUACUUGAUGACCGAAAACUUACAAAAGGCAUACGACGCUUACCAGCAGGCGCUCGUCAAUCUUCGGGAUCCCAAGGACCCAAUGUUGUGGUACGGUAUUGGUAUAUUGUACGAUCGUUAUGGCAGUUACGACUAUGCCGAGGAAGCCUUUUCGCAGGUCAUGACCAUCCAACCCGACUUUGAGAAGGCCAACGAAAUAUACUUCCGACUGGGCAUAAUCUACAAGCAACAGUCGAAGUUCAACCAGAGCUUGGAUUGCUUCAAAUACAUUGUCAAUUCUCCUCCUGGGCCUCUUACCCAGGAAGACAUCUGGUUCCAGAUUGGCCACGUUCAUGAGCAACAGAAAGACUUUGAUGGCGCCAAGUCCGCCUACCAGCGCGUACUGGACCAGUCGCCCAACCACGCCAAGGUUCUACAGCAAUUGGGUUGGCUCUACCACCAACAGAGCCCGGCAUAUGACUCUCAAGAACGUGGCAUCCAGUACUUGGAGAAGUCUCAAAAGUAUCCCAAGGCAUAUGAAGCAUACCAACAAGCCGUAUACCGGGAUGGUAAGAACCCCACGUUCUGGUGUUCUAUUGGUGUCCUGUAUUAUCAGAUCAACCAAUAUCGAGAUGCGCUGGACGCGUACUCACGGGCCAUUCGUCUCAACCCGUACAUUUCUGAGGUCUGGUAUGACCUCGGCACUCUCUAUGAGUCGUGCAACAACCAGAUUGCCGAUGCACUGGACGCUUAUCAACGGGCAGCAGAGUUGGAUCCGGGUAACCCACACAUUAAGGCUCGCCUUCAGCUUCUUCGCUCCGGCGGUACAAAUGGCGGUCCGCCACCUGCUGCUCCUCAGCCUGCCGACAUGCAUCCUUCAACGUAUCAGACAGGUCCUACAGGCCCUCCUCAAUGGGGAGGAUCCGCGCAGCAACAAUCCGCUGGCCCCCCUGCUGCCACUCAGGCAGCUGGUGAGAGCUGGGCUGGCAGGCUGUCCAACGUCAACCCGCCACCCCAACCGCCCAAUCCUUAUGAGAGCAGAGCCGGCGAACCUUUCCGUGGUCCAGCGCCGCCUCUCCGGCAGCCUAGCCCUCCUCCGCAAGAGCCGCCUUCCCGCCAGCCAUACCCUGAGCUUAACAGACCUGGCCCAUCGCGUCGUGGCCCGUCACCGCCUCCCCAAGGCCAUCAAUAUGCCCAGCCUCUUCCUCCACCACCACCUCAGUCUCAACCCCCGGCUCCCGCACCGGCUCCUUCGCGACGUGUUGUCAAUCCUAACUGGGAUGGCUCGACGCCUUCGUCGGCUCCUGCUGCCAAUAACCCUAACAAUGCCAACCCGCCUCCGAAUGCAAUGGCUCCGUUCCGGACGGCCAACAGCCCUCGCACUACCGACGGCCGCCCUCCAGUUCACGACAACCGCAUGCCAUCCCCAAAGUCGGCUUAUCCCCAGCACCAAGCUCCCCCGCCACCUCACUAUGCCCCCCACCAUCCGGAAAUGCCACCCCAGAGUGCUCCCGAAAACAACACACAGCCGCCGCCUCCCCCGCCUGCGGCGAUCUCUGAGCCUCCUGCUCAACGCAUGGAGGACCGGCCUUCGUCUGUAGGACCCAAGAGGCAUCGCGAGUGGGAAGAGGAGUCUGUGGCCAAGAAGCCGGCUAAUGAGGAGACUCGUGCACGACUGGGCGAUCUGGCGCACCGCAGGCCCUCUCCAACCCCUCCCCGCGACCCAUACCGCCGCAAUUCGUCGGAGGCUCGCCGGACGGAGGAGCAACGUCGUCCUGAAGAGCCCAGGAGGUCCGAUGAACCGCGCCACAAGACGGAGACCUAUCACCCGUCCGAGGCCGCUCAUCACACGCAGAGUCACAGUGUGAGCUCAAACCACCUGCCGCCGAUGCAGCCGGGAUCAGGCCCCAUGACUGGUGUUGUCCACGAAAAACCCCAGCCGCCGGUUGUUCCUAAGGAAGAACCCCGUGCCGAACAGGCGCCCCCAGCUCGCCCAGCUCCUCCACCAGCCUCUGAGCCCGAGCGUGCUGCUAGGAAAAUGGACGUCGACGAGGACUAUGAUGACAGCGGGGAAGACGAGAAGAAGACAGUGGUCCUCACUAAUGGUUCUGGGCCUCCGGCAGCAUCAACUGACUUGAAGGCCCCGGCGUCUUCUGCAAGCAACGUUAAUGUUGCUUCUGGCCCUGUACCCAAAACCGAAUAA